CCUCGGCUCUUCUUCCCCGCGGGCCGUGGACAGUGCGCGGAACGGCUUUUACUGUGACGCUUGCCGAUGGGCCCGCCCUGGUGCUUGCUCGUACGGGUCAGGGAGUAGUGUGUAUUUCUGGCGGCCAAGCCAAGCAUCCUCCGUCCUCUCUCUCUCUCUCUGCAAAACAGUGUGGGCAGUCAGUUCUUCCGGCGGCCGCCUCCUCUGCUUGAAUAAGCCAUCGGAGCUCUUGCGGCGCGACCUCGAUCGAAGGCUCGCUGAUCGCUGGUCGCAGCUACCUCUACUCAGCCGCGCUCUGAACUCUGAAGUCCAUCGCACCGGCAGUGCUACAGGUAGAAAUAUCUUAACCACGGAUUCUCGUGAUCGUGGGUUUCUUCUUGUUCAGGAAGAAGCUGAUAGCCCGCCUGCUUCUGCGUGAUACCGCGGGUCCACGGCAGGUCAGCUCCGGGCGUGCUCCUGCUCUCUCCUUUCUGUUUGCGUUCUUCUUCAGCAUUCAUCUUAAUCUUGUGCCUCGGAACUUAUUGUGGUGCUGAAUGUCUUGGAGAUCAAAAUAGGAGAUGUGAGGCUAGCUCCGGACAUCCUUCUUGCCUUUGUUUCAGGUUUUUCCCAUUGGAUGGUACAGUAUCAGUGCCCGUUUGUAGCUAGUUCAUUCAUCGCUUCAGUAAUAGGUCGUUUAUGGUUGCAAUCCUCCCCCACAAUAUCUGAAUCCCCUUUGUAGUUUAAGAAAACAAUUCCGAAUGUCAUUUUAACAGCAUAUCACGAAUAGGCAAAGAAUAGUUGCUUAUUCUGUCUCCUGUAGUCCUGUCAACCAUUUCAGCUUCAGAUUCUUCCUGGUACUUCUGCCCCACUGUUUUCCCUUUCCAGCUUUCCUUUUAGUUCAAAAAAAUUCAUUUUCCUACUUUUUAAAACAUAUUGGGCUAUUGCCAUGCGUAUGAAAACAGCCUGAAUAAACCUUUUGUUUUCUGUGCCUACCUGCAGUUGGGUGACUGGCCGAGAAGUGCCACCAGAACAAGAAUCUCGCGACUCCCUUGUUGACUGAAGGCGUAGUUUCAGCGGUUUCCUCCAUUCCCGGAUGGGCAGGCCUAGAGGAGGAAAGGCUAAACGGCCGACGCCCCAGGCUACCAAGAGCGAGGACGCCGAUGCCGCCAGCGGCGACGAGGAGGCCGUGAUGCCAGCGUACAAGAGGAGGGGACGGCCGCAGAAGCACCUCAAGGCUGACGACACCGACGACGAGGACGACAGUGCCAGUGUCGAGCCCGUGGAGGACAGUGACGGCGCCAAACCGGUCGUGCCGGGCAAGGGCUCGACCGAGAACGGAGGGAAGAAGAGGAGGAGGCGGCGGCGGCAAGGGCAACCGGCGGGGGCGGAGGAGAAGGACGAGGCCGUCAAGCAGAGCGGGUUCCGGCAUCGUGGGAGCCGGCGGAAGAGCACCCCGCGGCGAGCUGCCGAGGCAGGGGUGGAGUGCAACUGAGGCUCCUGACUGGAUCGGAUUAGCUAUGCGACUAUGCGAGCCGUCACGGCCUCACGGGUUGCAUUGUUAUUAUAUUAUUUUAUCAUGCUUCGUGUUGUAUAGAUCAAGAGCCCAGGAGCUGCUGGUGAUUUCGCAUCGGCGACCAUGCUGAUUUCGCAUGCGCACGGUUUGACUCUGCUUCUCUUCAAGGCAUGCGCCCCAGGGCCCUGCUUCGAUCUUUGGCCGUGCUUUUUCUUGAAAUCUUGUACCGUAACUAGCUUUCGGCCCAAAAGAAAAAAAUAAAAUUGUUUAAAAAAACUAGCUUUCAGUGCAACUGACAACUGAGUAUACGAAUCGCUGGCUAAUGAGGCUGACAACUUUGGUAGCUUUGGCCGUGCUAUAUGCUGUGUAUUUUUUGACCUGUUUUCUUUUCUCUCUUUCUUUUUAGCGAAGGAGAUUGUAUGCCGCCACCUAUUGUUUGCGCUAGUUUGUAAAAUUAUGUUCCAUUAUAAGUUACGUAUAGAAUUGUGGAAAUGAGAAAUAUAGUACGAAUCCUCUAUGUAA